AUGCUGAAAGAAUUUGUAACAUUCGUUGCAAUUAUUUGUGGACUUGUAUUAUGCGCCAAUCAAAAUCCAAACCCAAAUCCGACUUGCCAAGCUGCACCAGCAUCGACAGAUUUGAAGUAUCUUAGAACUACGAGACUUGUCAUUUUUGUAGUUGGUCCUGGAAAAGAUGAUGCAAAGGUUAGUUCGUCCGGUAAUCCUAAUUUUACAAUUCGAUGUUUUUUUUCAGAGAGAAAAGAUUCGCUAUGUGAUGAAACAGAUAUCUUGUUCUGUACCCGACAGUAUGGCUACUAAGUUCUUAGGUAUGCUAUAUAAUGUGGCACCUUCAACUGGAACUAGAGUAACCUAUAUGCAACUUUCUGAUUUGCACACCAGCUUUGUCGCCGACUUCGGAGGUAAUUUCGUGAUAAAUACAUAUAUUAUUGAAUUAAAAAGACGUGAAAAAUAAAAGAACAUGAGUGCCUUUACUUUUUUCUACAUAAAUCCACAUCACUUUGUUUAUUUCUCACGUUUUUGAUUCAAAAAUAUAUUUUUUUUUAUUUGCACAUUUUUUUGGAAAGUUUCGUGGAACGAUAAUUAUGUGAAUAUGAGAAGGGCUUUCUAAUGAGGAGAGAAGGGCUUUCUAAUCAGGUCGAAAAAACUUUAAAGGGGGGGGUAAGACGACAAAAUUUUAUUUGCUCAAUGAAUCGGGCUCCUUUGAAUAGUAAAAGCCCCGAGGGAUUUUUUUUCGAAAGGCCUAAAGGUCCGAAAAAAAUAUUCCAUGAACUUUUUCAACGUAUACCUUACGUGGUACCUAGUUUAUGGAACAUUUUUUCUGGACGUUUCCAGAAAAAUCCCUUGGAGGUUUUACUACUUUUGGGGAGCCUUUAACUUUGCGACAAAAAAAUUUUGUCGUCUUACCCCCCCCCCCCUCCCCCCCCCCUUUAAAAAAAGCGUUUUUCAACAAAAAUUUUUGAUUCAGAAAAUCUCAAAAAACCGUGUUUUUUCCACACAAAAAUGAAAAAUAUCUCGCAACGAAAAUGUGUCAAUGAAAAAAAUGUCAAAAAAUACAACAUUCUUUCAGCCAGCGAAAUACCAUCAUGCGAAACAUAUAAAUCAGUUUUGAAAUUUUUGAGUAGCAAAACUGAUUCAUAUUCUGGUUUUACCGAUGUUGAUUUAAUUGUUCAACGAGCUCCUGAAUUAACUGGUUGCGACUUAUAUGCGGAAUUCAAGGCUGCAAAGUUGCCAGCCGAAGUCAAGAUGUUUGAAGUUUCCUUCGACGAACAACCAAAAUCCCCAGUCAAUAUGAAGUACGACUUGAGCGCAAUCAAUAUAAACGCAGACAAGGAUCCAGUGUUGAAAAACGCUACAGAUACAUUGUAAGAAGCAAUCACCUUCACUUCAAUUCUCGAUUUUUCCAGUGUCAAUUCCAUCAAAUCGUCUCGCUAUCCAUCUGGAUCUGCUGAAACCACAACAAAACCUGUGGAAACUGGCGGAUACUCUGAAUCUGUUUUUUAUGGUUUUGUUGCGGGUGCUGGCAUUGGCGGAUUUCUUUUAGGUGUGGGCCUACUCGUUGCCAUAUGUUUGAUUAAAAAUCGCAAAAAGGAUGGAAAAGGUGGAAAGAAGGAGGACAAAAAAGCGAAGAAAAAAGACAAGAAAGAUAAAAAAGGAAAGAAGGCCGACAAGAAGGGAACCUCUAGUGGUUCAGGAACGAGCACCGGAGCCGAUGUCACAGUUUCGGAUGUCCAUGACAUUCCUGCUCCAACCUACAAAGUCUAG